CACCCCACCCACAUCCUCACUCCACCACGCUCGCCUCCUACUCCUAGUCGCACCACCGGCCACCACCAUCCCACACCGGAACCAUGAAACAGUGGAAGUCCCUGGUGGCGCUCCAUUCCUCAGCGCAUUCCUCCUGCUUCCCGCAUCCGCCCUCGACGCCAUCGCCGUGCCCCUCGCCGCCGCGGGAGCUGGCCGAGGAGAAGCAGCGGCAGCAGGCGGUGAGGCUGGUGGGGUGCGACGGGCAGGUUCUGACCUUCCGCCGGCCGGUGACGGCGCGGGAGCUGAUGCAGCAGCACCCGCAGCACCUUGUGUGCCGCUCCGAUGCGCUGCUCAUCGGAGAGAAGAUCCCGGCCAUCGCCCCCGCGGACGAGCUGCAGCCAGGGCAGGCUUACUUCCUGCUCCCGGACCACCUCUUCCACUCCGUGAUCUCCUUCGUCUCCCUCGCCUCCUCCCUCCUCCUGCUCCUCUCCACCGCCCCCCGCGCCUCCUUGGCGCCGGGGGCCAAGAAGCAGCCCCGCCCAUUCGAGCUCCACCGCACCGACUCCGGCACGCUGCAGAUCAAGUUCUCCGACGACUUCCUCGUCGACGACGACGACACCUCCGAUGCCGCCCAGGCUGCCGAGAAGCCGGCGGUGCUGCGCGGGGACGAGAGGCUGGAGAAGGAGUACGAGGAGUUGGUCGGAUACGGCAAGGCCCUACGGUGGGCGCCCAAGCUAGAGACCAUCCAAGAAGUGCUUGUCACCGCCGCGCCCUCCGCCCAAGGGCGUGAUAGGAGGAAGGGGAUGAAGGUCAUGCCUUUCCUCGCCAAGCUCGGAAGCCGCAGGCGGCGGGAGACGACGACGACGACCACCACCAUCAUUUGCGGCAAUGACAAUGCGGUGGCGUGCUCGGGCUAGCACGUGAUUCACAGCUGGUGGUCAACAGUCUCCCCUCCGCUGUGUAAUUAAGAUCUGGGAUUGAUUAAUUAAGGACAUGUACAAUGAUAUCCAGUCAGCUGUAACACUGUCCACGUAGGAAAAGAGAAGACGUGGGAGGGAGAGAGAAAGAAAAAUGGCACAGUCCGUCUGUAAAAAUACAGUCGAUCUGCAGCCAAGAAAAUUGCUGCCUACAGACAGCCUCCUUUCCAUUGGUACGACCCCAUCACAAGUAGUGGGCCGGUUGGAUCUUGCCUGCCAUGAAAGUUAUGCGCCGUGUUUUCCGUAAAUUUCUAGUGGUUAUGGACAGUCAAAUAGACUCCUCAUUGUAUAGGCUGUCUGCUGUGCUGUCUACAGUUGACGUGUAGAGAUUAUACGGACACCCACCGUCGGAACGAAUGUACAUGCCCUAAGGCGUGGGUGUAGCCCACGACGUGCCGGUGCAGCAUCUGCGUCCUCAUUUGUAAUUACUCAACAAUUUUGGUGCUAAUUUGUAGUACUACAUGGCUUUCGUACUCAUAGCCGGUUGGAGACCAACAUUUUCCCUUAUUUC